GCAGGUGCUCUGCUGGUUUCUAACAAUGAAAUUGACAAAUGUAUCAACCGUAAUCUAACCAAAUAGCCUAAAAUUAGGCUACUCAAAUUGGCCUAAACCGCACAUGGUUUUACAAACCCAAUUUUAGCUUUUCCUGACACUUUUUCAUAUUUUUUGGGCACGUCAGAAAGUGAAGUUACUUCUUCGGAGGCUGCUGCUUUUUCUUUAGGUGGCAUGAUCAAACGGUUCAUCUCAAAGUUAGGCUACAUAAAAAAGUUAGUUUAAAAACAGCAACUGCAUUCUCAGCCUACACACGUUCAAUGUUAUGCACCGCAGCAAAGCACACGGUUUACCUGAACAGGCGCUGACAUUUAGGUACCAGUCAGAGCAUUAAAGGUCAACUGAUCAGUCCGAGUAGUGUGAACUCGCUUCUCUCCUCCGUUCCUUCCUUCCAUCCUUUCCUUUCAUAUACUGCGCUUAUCAGUUUACCUUCACUGCUCUGGCAUGUUAUUAAACGUGACUCACCAAACAUAAAUUAAAUAUGAAAACCCUUCUACAUUUUAGAGAUCAUCAAACUCUCAACCACAAAUGCAGGGUUUUUGUAGUUAAACAUUGUGCAGCUGUUAAAAACUUAAAACAAAAGGUCGAAGAUAAAUAUUUUAGUUUGUUGGUUUAAAAAAUCAAAUUAUCGGCAAUAAUGAUACAAAAUAACAUCUGUUAAAGACAGGUAGCUUUAGAACCUAAAAAUAAUUACAGAUAAAUUAUUCUGAAUGUUCAGCCUCCUUGUCCUCUGCAACAUGACAUUAGCCCAUAGUUGUCAUAUGAGACAUCUGUGGUUUUCCUGUGAACAAGCUCCACAUCUGCUUUUCUAUUGAAACAUUUAAUCUUUGUCCCAGUCACUGCCACCAUCUUCUGUGAAGUCAGACUAACAGUAUGUAUGUAGCUGUCUAAAAAUGACAUUGUUCAUCCCUGAUAUGGCUGGUCGUCUGUUUUUGCUCAUCCUCCUUUUCGAUACCUUCCAGUUCCUCAAAGCCAAAGAUCUUCCUCAGCCCAGUCUAACAGUGAUUCCUGCAGUCAUCAAAGAGAGAGACUCAGUUCAGCUGAACUGUCAGACUCCUCCAUUUGUCUCUGAGUGUUACUUCAAAAUGGCUGGGCAAGUGGAAUUCACCCUUCCAUCACCCUGUCAACAGACACUCACAGGAACACUACUGGUGAGGUGGACAGGUCAGAGUUCACCAGCUGAGGUCAAAAUACAAUGUCAGUACAGUGCUACAGGUUCACAGUUUAGAUCCAUAUACAGUGAGCCUUCAACAGUCACAAUUACGGACAUUCCUCAGCUGACAGUGAGUUCUACAGUCAUCAGAGAAACAGAAUCAGUUCAGCUGAGUUGUGAGACUCCUCCAUCUCUCCCUGUGUCUCACUGUUACUUCAACAUAGAGGGGAAGAAUCUUCCAGACUCAUUGUGUACGCAGACAGUAACAGGAACUGAGCUGCUCAAGAGGUCUGGUCCAACAUUUCCAGCUGUGGUCAAAGUGACGUGUUACUAUGCUGUAGGGAGGUCUCACACAUCUCCUUUUAGUGACCCUGUCUCAGUCACUGUUCAGGAUCCAAAACCAGACAUUACAAUCAAAUUUGAUGAGGACUUCAACAUCAUCUGUUUGAUUCCUGGAUCCGUCAGUCCUGACACCACCUGUAACCUGUAUGUUGGAGAGGAGAGUCAGCCAUCCUUCACAGCACCGAUCAAGAAGAGAAAAGCCACCUCAGCAUCCGGACAGCAGUUCUGUCAAUUCACUCCAAAACAUAGUGAUCUGAUCAGUCGUCUACAGUCAGUGAGGUGUAAGGAGGUGAGCUGUGACUACAGAGUGAGCUCAGGACCUAACUCUCUCUCACCACGCAGUGAUGGGUACAGCUUUGCACAUCUGGUGGGAGUUCACAUCAGUGAUCCAACAACUAUACAGACACCUUCUAUAGCAGUGAGUUUGACUCCAGGUCCUAGAUCUACUUUGCCGCCCAGCACGACAGUGAGUCCUACAGAAGACACCACAGUGACAACAACCAGGUCGACUGUUUGCUGUACUUUGACCACUGACACCCCAGCGAGUCCAACUGAAAGAGGUCAAAGCUCCACAGAAAGUGAAGUGGAAUCAAACAGUCAAGAAAGCAUUCUGUUGGGGCAAUUAUGGCAGGCAGUAUUGGGUGUGGCUUCUGGAGUGGGCGUGUUCCUGGUAGGAUUGACAGCUGUCUGUCUCUGCAGGAGGACCAAGAAAACCAAUUCUCAGAGACCUACAGCCAGACAGGAUGAUCACAGACAAUAUGAUUUGGUGUCUAUGGGAGCGGUGAGCAGCGGAGUCAUGGUGGAUUCAGGAGAUGCUGGAAUCGAUUCUCAGAUCACAUCUGUACUGCCCACGUUCAUGCCCUCAGGUCCCGUUGAUGUGAAUACACAGGCAUUUGCAAAUGAACAUUCUGAUACGUACCAUGUAUACAGCUCAAUCCCCGACAGACCAGCAUCCUCAGCCCAGCCUGAUGGGUUGUACAGCCUUCUGCAGACACACUGAAACUUCACCUCUGGCUUUCUGUAUCUAUGUCUCACACAUUCUUUCUCUUUCUCACACGACAUCCUUUAUUAUCACUCAUCCAGUUACUGUAAAUAAGUUGAUUAACAGGUUAUAUUUCUACUGUAUUACACAUGGACAACUGAUUUCUGUUACAUGUCUAUCCAUAAUACCUCUUACUGUGUUAAUAUUUAUAUUUUGAAGGGGUACGGGGCAUACUCCCCUUUGAGCAUUUUUCUUAUUUCUUCUCCCUAGUAAAUGCUAAAUCUACUGUAUUUAAGUAUAUUAUGUUGACUGUUUGAUACCUUCUUCCAUAACAGUUGGAUACAAUUAUUUUCCUAUUGGGCAAAACAUAAUCCAAAACACAACCAAAACAAACUGCAAAUGCAUACAAACUCAAGUUUGUUGAGUCACAAGCUUAAUGCAUUUAUUGGGUGCGAAAAAUUUAGGACCAAAAUACAUAAUGCUUGACUACUUUAAUACACUAUAAAUGAAUUUGUCCAAAUACUUAUGACUUCUUGAAUUGGGGGGACUAUUUACAUAAAGUGCUUUUAUAUCUAAAUGGUAAAACAUACAAUACCUUCAGAAAGUAUUCACACCGCUUGACUUUUUCCAAAUUUUGUUAUGUUACAGCCUGAAUUUAAAAUGUAUGAAAUUGAGAUUUUUUUUAAUGUCCCUGGCCUACACACAAUACCACAUAAUGUCAAAGUGGAAUUAUGUAAAAAAAAAAUGUCAAUAAGUAUUCAAUUACUUUGUUAUGGAAAUCCCAAAUAAAUUGAAUAAUACAUUGCAUGGACUCACUCUGUGUGCAAUAAUAAUGUUUAACAUGAUUUUUAUUGACUACCUCAUCUCUGUGCCCCACACAUACAAUUAUCUGUAAAGUCGGUCAGUCGCGUAGUGAAUUUCAAGAGAUUUAACCAAAAACAACAGGGUGGUUGUCUAAUGCCUCACAAAGAUGGAAACUAUUGGUUAAAAAAACAGACAUUGAAUA